AUGAGGCUUUCUGGGAAUGAGAUUGGUAAGUUGCUGUUUGGCGCUGCGUUGCUUGCGGCUGUGCCAGGGGUUGCGGCGCAGUGCGAUCUUCCGUCGAGCUACAAAUGGACAUCUACUGGUCAGCUAGCAGAGCCCCGUUCAGGAUGGACUGCAGUGAAGGAUUUCACCAAUGUCGUAUACAACGGCCAGCAUCUCGUGUAUGCUUCCUUCACCGACUCGAAAGGGAGUUACGGUUCGAUGAAUUUCGGCCUCUUUUCAGACUGGCCAGGCAUGGCGUCGGCGAGUCAGAACGCAAUGAACCAAGGAGCUGUUGCCCCCACACUCUUCCACUUUAAGCCCAAGGAUAUUUGGAUUCUGGCCUAUCAAUGGGGCCCGACCGCAUUCUCCUACCGAACCUCGAGUGAUCCCACCGAUGCCAAUGGCUGGUCAUCGCCGCAACCGUUGUUCUCCGGAAGCAUCUCCGGGUCAGAUACUGGUGUCAUUGACCAGACAGUUAUCGGUGAUGAUACAACCAUGUAUCUUUUCUUUGCAGGCGACAAUGGCAAGAUCUAUCGCGCCAGCAUGCCUAUUGGAAACUUCCCGGGUGAUUUCGGCACAAAGUCAGAGGUGAUCAUGAGUGACACAAGGAAUAACCUGUUUGAAGCAGUUCAGGUCUAUACCGUUAAGGGGCAGAAGAAGUACUUGAUGAUUGUGGAAGCCAUUGGGGCGAACGGACGCUAUUUCCGCUCCUUCACGGCCGACAGUUUGGGUGGUUCGUGGACGCCGCAGGCUGCAAGUGAGAGCCAGCCCUUCGCUGGCAAGGCUAACAGUGGCGCCACCUGGACCAACGACAUCAGCCAUGGUGACCUGCUUCGCAGCAACCCUGAUCAGACAAUGACCAUUGAUCCAUGCAACCUGCAGUUACUCUACCAGGGACGAGACCCCAGCUCCAAUGGUGACUACAAUCUCCUACCUUGGAGGCCCGGCGUCCUGACACUGCAGCUGUAA